CGUGGUGCUGGGAGGAGGGCUGCUGGCCGGCAUGAAGGUGAUGAAGCGGCACAAGGAGGAGGAACUGGAGAAGGAACGAAACCGAGGCAUUGGGAAGCCGCUGCUGGGAGGGCCCUUCUCGCUCGUCAGCCAUGAGGGACAGCCCAGGACCAGCAAGGACUACAUUGGCCAGUGGGUGCUCAUCUACUUCGGCUUCACUCACUGCCCUGACAUCUGUCCUGAUGAACUGGAGAAAAUGGUUGCAGUGGUAGAUGAAAUUGGUAUGAGAAUUCAGUUG